AUGGUGGGAGGUGGAAAUAGAAGGGACGAGGGAUCAUUUACUGUGAGCAACACCAAUGUAUUUGCAGCUCUUGAUAGUCUGAGGAAGAAGAAGAAGUCCGACAAGGACAAGGGCCCGUCUAAGGGAGGUAAGGGUACUUCGAAAGGGUCAAAAGGAGCUUCUGAGACUGAGAAGAAGGUUUACUGGGCCCCGGCGCCUUUGACCUCAAAGUCGUGGGCUGAUGUCGGUGAUGAAGAUGACGAUGAUUACUAUGCGACAACUGCUCCUCCAAAGGUCAUAUGGGGUGCUUCAGGUUCGAAUAAAGCUGGAGAGACUCAGAAGCUUCAUCCCGUGGAGGAAAGCGAAAGUGAAGACGAUCUUCUUGAUGAAGGGGAUGAUGAUGUGGAAGACGAGCACGACCCUGAACCAGAAGCAGAAGAAGAAAAACACCCUCAACCGGUGUUGAAAAAUCCUGUUGUAGCUUCUCUAGCACCUAAAGAGACUGAGAGGCAGCUGUCCAAGAAGGAGAGGAAAAAAAAGGAGCUUGAGGAGCUAGAGGCUAUCCUAGCUGAUUUUGGAGUCAACCCAAAAGAGAAAGCUGGAGAUGAGAGAUCUGAUGUCACUAAAGACAAGAAAGAGGAACAAGCAAAUGGAAAUGCCAACAAGAAGGACAAUAACGCCCCUGGGGAAUCGAAAAACGCCAAGAAGAAGAAGAAGAAGGAUAAGUCAUCCAAAGAGACAAAGGAGCCUCAAGACCAGCCCAAUACCUCAAGCGAACCCAAUGAGCCUGUUGAGUCCCCUGAAGCCCAACAUGCUGAUGAGGAUACUUCUACCAUUGAUGUCAAAGAUAAGCUCAAGAAAAUGGUGUCCGUUAAGAAGAAGAAAUCGAGUAAAGAAAUGGAUGCCGCCGCUAGAGCCGCCGCCGUCGAGGCUGCCGCCCGGAGCGCUAGGCUGGCAGCCGCCAAGAAAAAAGAGAAGAAUCAUUACAACCAGCAGCCGAUUCGGUAA